UUACCCACAUGGAUCAGAGAAGGGAGGCACAAGCUAACGAGAUUAAUGGGAGUCAGAGCAAUGAAAACGACGGCGUUUCAUCGAAGGGGCCAGCGCUGCGGCUGUACCCAUGUGUAGAGCAGAAGGCGGAGAACUAUGAGGAUUUAGAAGAAGAAUUGGAGUUCAGCCCACACCUAUAUAGUGCUCUUGAGCGGCAUCUUCCGAGCAGCGUACUCAGUUCAUCUCGAGACAACAAGGUCCAAUACAUGACUGAUAUUCUCCUCCGUUACUCUCCCCGCGCCGACCGCAGUCGCUUGCAGAAACAUGGAGAAUACAGGCAGAAAAUCAUAUCAAACUAUCAGCCUUUACACAGGGUGUUAUAUACCAUGCACGCCGCAGAUUUCUUUGUACCGUCGUUUAUUAAGGCGAUCAGUGAGAAUAAGGAGGAAAGCUUCAGAAAAAUAAUGUCUGAACCUUCUCCAGGUGUUUUUACAUUUGAAAUGCUUCAACCGCGUUUUUGUGAGAUGAUGUUGGCUGAGGUACAAAACUUUGAGAAGUGGGUUCGUGAAACAAAAUUCAGAAUCAUGCGUCCCAAUACUAUGAACAAAUUUGGAGUUGUUCUUGAUGACUUUGGCCUUCAAAACAUGCUUAAGAAGUUUAUGGAAGAUUUUAUACGCCCUAUUUCAACAGUUUUUUUUACUGAAGUUGGUGGAUCCACACUCGAUGGUCAUCAUGGUUUUGUCGUUGAGUAUGGAACAGACAGAGACAUUGACUUGGGUUUCCAUGUUGAUGAUGCGGAGGUCACUUUGAAUGUGUGCUUAGGAAAGCAAUUCACAGGUGGAGAGUUGUUCUUCCGGGGCGUACGGUGCGAGAAGCAUGUGAACUCUGAUACACAGCCAGAUGAGAUCUUUGAUUAUGUGCAUGUUGCGGGGCGUGCGAUUCUACAUUGUGGUCGCCAUAGGCAUGGUGCUAGAGCGACAACAUAUGGGCAGAGGAUCAACUUGUUGAUAUGGUGCAGAAGCUCUGUUUUCAGAGAGACGAGGAAGUACCAAACAGAUUUUCCAAGCUGGUGUGCAGAGUGCAAGCGUGAGAAGGAAGAAAGGAUACGGCAAAAAGCUUCUAUUCUCAAAUCGGUAGGAGUUGCGCCUGAGAACUGUAUAGCUAUUUUUCUUAUCCAUUUUCAAGAGUUGCUGAGAAGAGUUGGAGAAUGUGAAACUUUACGGCGUAAAUCCGAAUUUGAUAUGAGUUUUAAUAUGGGUAUCGCAAGAAAAUCGCGAAAAGGCAUCCUCAACAAGCCCGCCCGGAACACGGCUACAGAAAAUGCAAAGACUUGCCCUAUACAACAUGCAAAAGAGCAGUGCAACCAACUCACUCCUCCAACGACAGGUAUUACUCACAAUGUCAUUGAUAGUGCAGGUGACAACGCCCUCGCAGCCAUUCUGAAAAGGAUGGAGGAAAUGGAGAACAAGAACAAGGCACUCUGA